AAUUAAUCGUGCUAUCAAUUUUUCAUGUAUAUCUUAGUGAUAUAAUUUUACUAGAUUUUGUUUUUUUCCAUUGACGAAUAUCUGAAUGAAAAUGUAAUUUUCAAAUAACUCCUGAGUAAUUAGUAGUGGAUCACCUUGUAUGCUUUUCAUUUAUAAUAAUAUUGGCCUCUACAGUUGCGGCGUAUUUCGCGAUUGUCUCCAGUUUCAAUUGAAGUAACUUCGAACCUGUUACUAAAUAAUAUUAAUGUCUCUUAUUUGUCUCAUUGCGUAUUUAUAAAGAUUUACUAUAAGAAUUGAUGAAACAAGCCAAGCAAUGAUCAAUAAUCAUUUUCAUGAUUGAUAUACCCAGAUAACAUCGAUGACCUAUUCUGUGAUAAAAGUUCGAUUAGUAGCAAUUAGUUCGACAUUUAGAACGUAGCUUUUGAAUCAAUAUGGCAACCGAAAAAGAACAGAGAAAUAACCAAUUAUUAACUAGUAUUUUGGAAUUAAUAGGAUUCUUAUUACAUUCCAUAGUGUUAAUUAUAAGUGCCUUGUAUAAAGCAUGUUUGCCAUCGUCUUAUCAAUACAAGAAAAUUCUUGAAGGAGAAAUUACACUUGUAACAGGAGGAGGCGGCGGUUUGGGUAGAUUAUUGGCGCUUAGGUUGUCCAGACUAGGCGCUGUAGUCGUUUUAUGGGAUAUCAACGAAAAAGGUAUAGAAGAAACUGUUAAUUUAGUAAAAGGUGUAGGUGGCAAAGCCUACGGUUACAAAUGUAAUAUAGCAGAUAGAAAAAAUGUAUACGAGGUAGCUAAAAAAACUCAAGACGAAGUUGGUGAUGUUUCUGUUUUAAUUAAUAAUGCGGGUGUAGUAUCAGGCUACUCUUUACUCGAUACUCCUGACGAUUUAAUUCAAAGGACGUUCGAUGUAAAUAUUGUAGCACAUUUUUGGACUGUUAAAGCCUUCUUGCCUAAAAUGAUAGAAAGAGACAGUGGCCAUAUAGUUACUAUAGCUUCGUUGGCCGGCCAUAUUGGCGUAUCGAAAUUAGUCGAUUACUGCGCUUCCAAAUACGCAGCAGUCGGUUUCGACGAAUCACUAAAAUCCGAACUAUUCGAAAUGGGCGUCGAAGGCGUUAAAACGACCGUCGUUUGCCCUUAUUUCAUCCAACAGACCGGUAUGUUCGAAAACGUCAGUUCUAAAUUUUUCCCGACGUUAAAAUCCAACGACGUCGCCGAUAGAAUCAUCGAUGCUUUGAGAAAAGAAGAAGAUUUAGUUAUAAUACCCGGUUAUAUGAGGUGGUUUUUACCACUAAAACUUUUAAUACCACGUUCGGUCUUGAAUUUAUUUACAAAAACUAUGUUACCUGACGCUUCGCCACAUCACCCGUCAACCCCAAUAGUACAAUUAAAAAAUUCGAGGAGUGCAGGUCUUCAUAAAAGUGAAAUGAAUAACACGCUAAGCGAUUCUAUAAAGCAAACUCAUCCCAGUUUAACAACAAAAGGAAAGGAUCUUUGAGAGAUGCAAUUUUUUUUAUACAAUGAAAUUUUAUUGUGUAAUAUAUACAUUUUGUUUUUGAAAA